UACCAUGUUUUAAAAAGAAUGGAGCAGCAAGUCAUCAUUCGCGAGCCAAUGUUGACGCACGCCAUCUGAUUUCUAAUACACCAUCAACAAGAAUGUGUAACUGGGAAGCUUUGCAAUAUAUAUUUCGGAACUUUGAGGCAAUUAAAGGCUAUUACACAACCGGGUUGAAAAAGCUCAAUUAUCACAGCUAUAGAAACAAGCAAAAAGCAUUGACUGAAAUGUGUAAACGGUUGUUUACAGGUAGCAGAAAAUACCAAGAAGGCAAACCUGAUAUACAACAAGCAAAUCAGCAAAAGUGGAAGCCGUUAGCCCCUAGAGACAAUGCCGGUGAAGCUGAAAGGCCUACUGCUUCGUGGGAAAACACCUUUUCCUACGAAGGUAUUCAGAAAAGCCUUGCUAAAUUAUGUCAAAUCAACUAGACGCAACCAGCCAAAUUCAAGAAAGUAUGUCGUUAUGAUUGAUGAGUAUUUCACAAGUCAAAUAUGUCCCAGAUGUCAUACAAGAAGUACUUCCAACCAACGUGAUAACUCCAAUAUGAUGAUCCAUACAGUUCUCAACUGUCAAUCUUCCUUAACAGUUGAAUAACAUUAUGUCUUGUAUAACAGCAAGACACCCCAUAUUUACAGGUAAGUUGACCUAUUGAAAAAAGGUUUUCAUUCUCCCAAAAUUUAAAAGUAUCUUAAUAUGUCCCAUUUCUGUAUCGCUGUCCUACUUUCGUAUCUCUGUUCCAUUCUCAUAAUGGUGUCCCAAUUCAAUUUUAAAACGACCCAAUUUUUUCUCAUUGGCCCAAUCU